AUGCUGUCAUCCGGCGGAGGCUCGUCCAUACGCAAGAAGCGGAACUUCAAGGGGCUUCAGCUUGCCGAAUCGCCCCUCGCCAGCCCUGUAGACGCAUCGGCAACAACACCAUCACAAGAUACAGCCGAAGGCUCGGCCGCCUCGAAUGCUUCCACGAUCGGCAAGUCCUCGACCGUGACACCUGGCGGAUCGCUCUCGCUCAAACCCAGAAAUGCGCUAGAUACAGAACCCAACUCAGGCGCCAACUACCACAACAAGUUGACGCAGCAGCUGGCCAACUUGGAACUCGGCGUCGAGUACAAGCUCGACUUGAAAAACGAGGACCUCAAGACGCUCUCGGAACUCGGUGCUGGCAAUGGCGGCACCGUCACCAAGGUGCUGCACGAGAAGAGCGGCACUGUCAUGGCCAAAAAGGUUGUCUUCAUUGAUGCCAAGCCUAGCGUGCGCAAACAGAUCCUGCGAGAGCUCCAGAUCCUACACGAGUGCAACUCGCCGUACAUUGUGUCGUUCUACGGCGCUUACCUCAACGAACCGCACAUCUGCAUGUGUAUGGAAUUCAUGGACAGGGACUCGCUGGACGGUAUCUACAAGAAGUAUGGGCCCAUCUCGCCCGAAAUCUGCGGCAAGAUUGCCGUCGUCGUCGCACACGGUCUCACCUACCUCUACGACGUGCACCGCAUCAUCCACCGCGACGUCAAGCCGAGCAACAUCCUCGUCAACAGUGCAGGCCAGAUCAAGAUCUGCGACUUUGGCGUGAGUGGCGAGCUGAUCAAUAGCAUCGCAGACACGUUUGUCGGCACCAGCACCUACAUGUCACCGGAGCGUAUCCAAGGCGACCAGUACAGCGUCAAGUCCGAUGUCUGGAGUUUGGGCGUGUCGAUCAUCGAGCUGGCGCUUGGUCGCUUCCCUUUCGCAGACAAUGGAGGUGAGGACGAUGACGACGAUGACGACUCGGAUGUGGACGAUGCUUUCCUGAAUGAAGAUCUGGCAGGAACGCUGUCGCCGACCAAACCAGCGCCCAGAAUCUCCCUCGGCAACAAGGACAAGGCCAAGCAGAAGCGCAGGAGAUCCAAGCCGGCCGGUGUCAGUCUGGAAGGCUCGAGCCACCAAAUGUCGAUCCUGGACCUGCUGCAGCACAUUGUCAACGAGCCGCCGCCCAAGCUACCGGAGGGCAAGUUCCCCAAGCUCAUGGAAGAAUUUGUCAACCUAUGUCUGCUCAAGGAUCCAGCCAAGCGUCCUACACCCAAAGAUCUGACCAAGCAUCGAUACGUGAUCGAGGCGGAGUCGGCCAGGAUCGACUUGAAGGCAUGGACGGAUGGGAUGAAGUAA